UAUCAGAAUCACUAGGUGGGUCCUUUUAAUGGAUACUUUUGUUGAGUUUUCUCCAAUGUAAGAAGACCUAAGUCAAGUCUAUCAUGUGCCUGUACAUUUCUUCUCAGUUCUCACUUCCCAGGCCCAGCAGCCGCAACUGCAAAGCUGGUUUCUGCUGAAUCAAUUUUCAGGCUUCUUGGCUUCAGUACGUUUGAAGAAGAGGCCAAAGUUACUGAAGAAAGCAAAAUUGUAUUGCUCGACUUAUGUCAUCAAUGGAAGGCAAACUUGUUAAAGGUUUAAGAUUGAAGGCAUCAGUUGAUGUGGAGAAAAACAGAGUUAUUUUUGUUGAAUCUGAUGAGGAUUUCAUUGAUAUCCUAUUGAGCUUCUUGACAAUGCCUAUAGGAUCAAUCAUCAGGCUCAUCCGUUAUCAACCACCACCGGUGGGAAUAGGUUGCAUGGACAACUUGUAUGAAAGUGUUGAGAAUCUGGACGUGCAGCUUUUCCAAACUGAAGCUUGCAAGAGCAUGUUGUUGCACCCACGAAAUGGUGCUGCUGCUCAAUGUGAGAGACUAAAAUUGACAGUUGAUGACAGUGAGCCACUGCAAUACUUUUGUUGUGAGUCGUGGGAGUGCACUGCUUCAAAGUAUAAGUUAUUGAGUCAUUACAAGAAUGCAAUUUGCGGUUGUGGAAAGCGCAUGAACUAUGAGAUUUAUCUGUCCGAGAAAGAAAAUAAGCAAAUGUUAUCUGAUGCUCGAGAUAGAGGGGUGUUUGUUAAAGGAUUGACACGAAUGAUAGUAAGUGAUGAACUAAAAAUAAUGCCCCCAUUAACUGCAAGUAGCUUUUCUUUACUUUCAAAGCUUGGUCUCACAGAUGGCAGCACCAUUGAAGAGAGGGCUUUCAAUGUAGGAGUAGACGAGGUUUUGGAUUUGCUCAAAUUCUCAUUGGUGUCAAGAAUACCUUUGACAGAAACUCUAUUGAAGAAAUCAUUGGAUAUGAACAAUGAAGACUACGAUCAGGGAAGCUUCACAAACUUCAAUCAAGGAAGCUUUACUGAAUCUGAAAUCGUAGAAGCAUCGUCAAACAAUUACAAAAGGAUUUGUGCAAAGCUUAUCGUAAGCAAAUCCAGGAAGAUGGUUUGUUAUGCUGAAGUCUCUGAAGAUUUUGUGGAUUUGCUCUUCAGUUUCCUCACUGUUCCACUGGGCCAUGUGGCAAAAGAAAUGAAAAGCCAUUCUUCAAGAGGAUGCAUCAAUCAUCUUUACAAUAGCAUCCAGGAUCUUGACGCUGAGCGAUACCUGAAGUCAAAUGAUCACAAGGCAAUGCUAGUUAGUCCCAGGCUUGCCCCGGGUUUUAGACUCGGGAACCAGCCAUUAGGUGUUGAGGAAUGCAAGCGUCAACAGAACCUUUACGAUCAUGUAAAAGUGAUUCACGGAUUCCUCAGGCCAGAGCUGUUUUCUGAUGAAAAGCUUCUCCCUUGUAGCGAUUCAGCUCAGGCCUCACUCCUAAGUGUUGUGGAUCCAAAAUCGCACUUCAAGGAUGCUAAAAGCAGUGGAGGCUUUGUCAAAGGACCAUCGAUGUUCACAGUAACCGACAAUCUUAUCAUAACACCUAUAUCACCAGCGUCAGGUCUCUCUGUUCUAAGCAAAUGUAAGGUACCUUUCAGUGAUAUAGAGGAGCGCGUUGUGCAUGUGGGCGAAGAAGAAGCUUCUCGACUGCUGGUGGCUUCUUUUGUCACCAAAUCUGCUUUAACCAAUGCCUUUAUCCUGGAAGAGCCCAAGCGAGAAUAAAGAGGAAUAACAAUAUAGCUAUUACUGAGGGGGAAAAAAUGAUAUAUAUGUUGAUUUUUGAUGUUAUAAAUUGAAUGAUGGAGUUUGUGAAUUUGUUUUCCUGUUGUAGUCUAGUAGGUUAAAUUACUACAAGGGGAUGCAUUGUAAUCAUAAUCUUGUGCCUAAUUCAGACUACAGUAUCAACUGAAGGGCUGUUUCUUUUAGUAGCAUUUCAUGGAUGUAAUUGUAGAAAUAAGGUGCAAAUUAGGAGAAUGGAAAAUUACUAGUGGUUAAAAAAGUACAUAGCAGGAAAUUACUAGCAGGUAAAAAAAAGGGUCCUCAUCCCUUUUUUCA